UUGAAGAUUAUUUAAAUGGUAAUUCUAGUAUGAUUGCUGAUCUAAAAAAUGCUCAUAGCUUUACAUUAUAUGUUAUACUUACUACAUUGUACCCAGUAUCGGCAGAUCUAACUUACGAGCAAAUUAAAGAACUCGAGUAUACACAUUAUAGGACUUUAUACUGGUCUUCUACACUUUAUUUCGAAAUUUAUAAGUGUUCCGAUCGCGUAUUGAUAAGAGCGUUAUUCGAUUUUAAACCAUUAUUGAUUCCGGGUUGCGAAAAUGAAUAUUGCGAAUGGAACAAAUUUAAAGAGACUCUUGGUGAUAAGAUUGGAUGCGAUUUUGAAAAGCUGUGCGCUUAUCCUUGA